AGCGUUUUGGCUUGGCGACUGGGCUUGCAAUUGUCAAUGCAUUCGCAAAUUGCGGAGGGGCAAGAAGCAGUUUUUCGGUAUGGCCGUCGCUUGAAGACAUGGGCUGACAACAGCUCUUUCUGGCAUCCGCGACUCUGGUGCUUUUUGGUUGGCCCGGUCAUUCUGACAACUGUUUUGUUGGCAUUGACUGUGAAUCUCUUUUGGAAACACAGCUUUGAUGAGGGCCUGGCCCGGCAAGAAGAAGCUGAUACGACGAUUUUCGAGAAUUUCAACAAUUCAACCACAGACAUUCUGACCCAUUUUGCACAUCAGCUGCAAGCGUCUACGGCUUUGUCAGCUAUGGAAAGCGUUUCACGAUACACUGGCAAGCCUGCACUUGUAGCAGAUAUCAACUCAGAUUACGUUCAGUCCCUGUCCCCCUUUCUCAGCAAGUCAGAAGAGCUCAACUGGAUUCUGCACAGAUGUUGGAUGGAAUUGACACAGUUAUUUCCAGAAGUGGACUACAUCUAUUAUGGUGAUCGCUUUGGCACCUUCCUGGGCUAUGAGCGCCUUCCUUUGAGCUUUCUUAAUGAGACCCAUGGUGACCCCACUGUUUUCGGAGGAGAGUUUCGUGCACCGGAUGGAACCGCCGGAAUGCAGAUGUGUGACUUGUGCCCGCCUGCGGACGCCGUGAAAGAAGGGGAGAAGACCUACUACUUUGUGAAUCACAAGGGCCAGUUCAUCAAAGCCUACAAAACGCAUGGGUAUGACCCCCGAAAGCGGCCUUGGUACGAAGCUGCAAAGGAAGCCAAGGGCGAGUUGGUGUGGCUAGACAUUUACAGUCACAGUAGCGGCCACACCUUGGGCAUGACAGCAGCCAAAGCCAUCACUUCGAACAACGAAGUGGUGGCAGUUGUUGCGGCUGACUUUACAAUUUCAUACUUCAGUGGCUUCUUGAAGUUGGUAACUAGGAUGAUUUCACAAGAAGAAGGCUUCAUCAUCGACUUCAAAACCGGGUUGAUGGUGGCAAGUUCAUCAGGGAUUGGCCAAGUAGCAAAAAAGAUUGUUGAUCAGGGCCUGGAAGCGCAGGUCAGAUUUUCUUGGAAGCAAGUUGAUGCUAGCGAAGUGCAAGCUCCGCUACGAACCUUGCUGGGCAUAUAUGGUUCCCUUGACAGACUGCCUCGAAAUGGAACCAUCAACACGACCGACGGAAAGUUCUUGUUCACCUUCACGCAGGGCCUCCCUGGAAGCUUUCAGGCUAAGCAGCACUGGUUGGUGGUGGUCACCUGCCCGGUGAAAGCCUUCAUGGAGAAGUCCUGGGAGCAACAGGCCUGGGCUGAGCAGCGCAGUGCCCAGGUGCGUCAGGAGCUCCGCACCGAUCUUGCAGCCCAAGAGGUGAAUACCAUUUGGACCUGUGUCACAUUUACAUUCCUGGGUGCUUUGAUCAUGAUUUGUAUUGGCCUGGCGGUGACACGGCCGCUGAAACGGAUUUCCACUGAAAUGCUGUCAAUGGCGAAGCUCGAGUUUCUGCCUCAGGAUCCCUUAAAGGCAGAGAUCGGAGCAGGCAAAUCCUUGCGCCGCAGGAGUUCCACCAGCUUCGUGAGCUUGAGAUAUGUCGGGCGGCUGAUGUCCACCUUGACGGGUAGCGUCAAAAGGGAGGACACUGAGCCUGGCAGCAGCAGCUCCAGUAGUAGCGGAAGUGACACUGAUAGCCAGGAUGAAGCUGACUGUUCCCUUUACGUGGAGGAAGGUGGAGGGUGCUGGACCCAUGCUACUCCCAAGGAAGUGAUCAAUAUUCGAGAGGCAUUUAUUUAUAUGGUGGCUGGCCUGAAGUCCUUUGCCAGAUACAUGGAUCCAGAAAUCAUGCGAAUUUUGGUGAAAAGUCGACGUCAGGCUCAGCUUGGCAUGGGGAAAGCAGAGGUCACUGUUUUUUUCAGUGACAUUGCCAACUUCACAACAAUAGCAGAAAGCCUGGAGCCGGAAACAUUCAUGUCAAUGUUGACUGAAUAUUUAGAUGAAAUGAGCAAGAUCAUCAUGGCAAAGCGUGGGGUGGUGGGGGAGUUUAUCGGAGAUGCCAUCAUGGCAUGGUGGAACGUUCCCAUCAACCUAGGGCAAGAACAUACAGCUACAGCAUUAGAUGCAGCUUUGGCACAACAAAACCGCUUAGCGGAGCUUCGCGAGACGUGGCACUUGCAAAGAUUGCCUGAUGUGAGGGUUCGCAUGGGUUUGGUCAAAGGCAACGUGCUUGCUGGAAACAUUGGCAGCUCUCAAAGGAUGAAAUAUGGUUUGGUUGGUGACAGCGUGAACUUGGCCUCGCGUUUGGAGGGCCUUUGUAAGUACUACGGUGUUAGCAUCAUAAUUGAACAAGAUGCUGCCUUCGCACCAGGGGUGCAAUCUCGUUUUCAGUUGCGGCUCCUGGAUUUGGUGAUCGUCAAGGGACGCACGCAACCCACUGAGCUUUACCAGCUGGUUUGCGAGAAGGCUGUUUUGCCAGAAGCAUUUGACUCACCAGAAGAUUUGCAAUUCUUUAUUGAUGCUUAUUCUCAGAUUCAUCGCCUCUAUCGGUUGAAGAGCUUCGAUGCCUGUGCUAGCGCAUUGCACCACUAUCGGCAACGGCUCCCUGAUGAUGUGCCCAGCAAGAUGCUACUACGGCGUGUGGAGACCUUGUUGGGCGAAGGGGUGCCAGCAGACUGGACGCCCGUCCAUAUUCUGACAGAAAAGUAAGCAACCUGUCCAAAGUGACAGCAUUGUAGUAUAGAGCCACAUAGCCACAUAUCGAGCAACCAUGCUUGUCGGUCGUGUGGAGGUGAACAUGUCUUAAGCAUUUGUAAAGCUUUCUUGCCAGUGGAACAUCGCCCAGGGUGGAAGAAACCUUGAGGUCCCAGUCCUGUGCCAGCAACCACGGCAAAAA